GGGUCGGCGCGGGUUCGAGACCCGGCCAUGGUGGCGGCGGCCGCUCGGUGGCCCUGGGCCCUGCUGUGCCUGGCGGCGGCCCCGCUGUUGUGCCCCGCGGCGGCCGGCUUGUCUUGUUGUUACCAUGCAAAGGACAAUUUAAUGUGCCGUGAUGUCUGUGAACAGAUUUUGUCUUCUAAGAGUGACUCCCGUUUGAAGCACUUACUGCAGCGCGCACCUGAAUAUUGUCCAGAAUCAAUGAGAGAAGUAUGGGGUUGUAUAAAUUCUUCUUUGCCAGGAGUUUUGAAGAAGUCCGAUGGGUGGGUUGGUUUAGGCUGCUGUGAGCUGGCUAUUGCUGUGGAGUGUCGGCAGGCGUGUAAGCAGGCUUCUGCAAAAAAUGAUAUUUUAAAGGUCUGCAGGAAGGAAUAUGAGGAGGUUGUCCAGUAUGGGUUGAAGGAGAGCGGGAGAGGAAAGAAUGCUCUCUUUAGUUGUAUUAACAGAAAUGAAAUGGGGUCAGUCUGUUGCAGUUACGCAGGUCAUCACACGAACUGCCGGGAGUAUUGCCAAGCAAUUUUUCGGACAGAUUCCUCUCCUGGUCCAUCACAAAUUAAAGCAGUUGAAAAUUACUGUGCAUCUAUCAGCCCUCAGCUUAUACACUGCGUGAAUAACUACACACAGUCAUAUCCAAUGAGGAACCCUACAGACAGUUUGUAUUGCUGUGAUAGAGCAGAAGACUAUGCGUGUCAGGCUGCCUGUAAAAGAAUUCUAAUGUCAAUGAAAACAGAGCUUGAAAUUGUUGAUGGACUUAUAGAAGGCUGUAAAACCAUGCCUCUCCCUCAGGACCCGCUUUGGCAAUGUUUUCUUGAGAGCUCAAGAUCUGUUCACCCAGGAGUCACUGUGCACCCUCCACCUUCAACAGGCCUCGAUGGAGCUAAGCUCCAUUGCUGUUCUAAAGCAAAUUCUUCCACAUGUAGAGAGCUCUGCACUAAACUUUAUAGCACGAGCUGGGGCAAUUCACAGAGCUGGCAAGAAUUUGAUCGCUUUUGUGAGUAUAAUGCAGUUGAAGUUUCCAUGUUGACCUGUUUAGCAGAUGUACGAGAACCUUGUCAGCUGGGCUGUAGAAAUCUUACUUACUGCACUAAUUUUAAUAACAGACCAACAGAGCUAUUUAGAAGCUGCAAUACUCAGUCAGACCAGGGAGCCAUGAAUGACAUGAAGCUAUGGGAAAAAGGGAGUAUUAAGAUGCCUUUCAUAAAUAUUCCUGUGCUUGAUAUUAAAACAUGCCAACCAGAAAUGUGGAAGGCAAUUGCCUGCUCCCUACAGAUUAAACCUUGUCACAGCAAAUCUAGAGGAAGUAUUAUCUGCAAAUCAGAUUGUGUGGAAAUACUGAAGAAGUGUGGAGAUCAUAAUAAAUUCCCUGAAGGCCACUCAGCUGAGAGUAUUUGUGAACUCUUAUCUCCAACAGAUGACUUGGAGAACUGUAUACCCUUGGAUACUUACCUGAGCCCAAGUUCUUUAGGCAACAUUGUAGAAGAUGUCACACAUCCAUGUAAUCCAAACCCAUGUGCAGCUAAUCAGCUAUGUGAAGUAAAUAGAAAAGGAUGUCAAUCUGGAGAGCUGUGUCUUCCAUAUUUGUGUGUGCCUGGCUGCAAACUGGGAGAAGCCUCCGAUUUUAUUGUCCGACAAGGUACACUUAUCCAAGUUCCAUCCUCAGCUGGUGAUGUUGGGUGUUACAAGAUUUGUACCUGUGGACACAGUGGAUUGCUGGAGAACUGUAUGGAAAUGCAUUGUGUUGACCUCCAGAAAUCAUGCAUUGUUGGAGGACAAAGGAAAAGCCAUGGAGCUUCCUUUAACAUAGAUUGCAACGUCUGUUCCUGUUUUGCUGGAAACUUGAUUUGUUCGACACGUCAGUGCCUAACUGAGCACAGCUCAGAGGAUGAACGUCGGAAGUUUACAGGUUUGCCCUGUAACUGUGUGGACCAGUUUGUCCCAGUCUGUGGCCAGAACGGGCGCACAUAUCCCAGCGCGUGCAUAGCUCGCUGCGUGGGGCUCCAUGACAACCAGUUUGAAUUUGGAUCAUGUAUUUCCAAGGAUCCUUGCAACCCAAACCCUUGUAAUAAAAAUCAAAGGUGCAUACCAAAGAAACAAGUUUGCUUGACCAGUUUUGAGAAGUUUGAAUGCAGCCAGCAUGAAUGUGUGCCAAGGCAGUUAAAUUGUGACCAGACACGGGAUCCUGUUUGUGACACAGACAAUGUGGAAUAUACUAACUUGUGUACUUUGUACCAAAAAGGAAAAAGUUUAGCAUACCAAGGACCAUGCCAGCCCUUCUGCAGGUCGCUGGAGCCGGUGUGCGGGCACAACGGGGAGACCUACGGCAGCGUCUGCGCCGCCUACGCCGACCGCGUGGCCGUGGACUACCAGGGGCACUGCCAGGCCGUGGGCGUGCUCUCCGACCACGGCUUCCAUUCCGAGUGUGCCUUCGUCAGCUGCCCCCAGCUCUCUGCCACCGCCUGCAAACCAGUCCUUGCGCCAGGAGCCUGCUGUCCACUAUGUGCUGGAAUGCUGAGAAUUUUAUAUGACAAAGACAAGCUGGAUAAUUUUGCAAGGGUAACAAAUAAAAAGCCAAUAACGGUACUUGAUAUACUUGAAAAAAUCCGCCUGCAUGUGUCAGUGCCACAGUGUGAUGUGUUUGGAUACUUAAGCAUAGAAUCAGAAAUUGUAAUUCUCAUCAUUCCUGUGGAUCAGAACCCCAAACCAUUGCAGAUUGAAGCCUGCAAUAAAGAGGCAGAGAAGAUCGAGUCUCUGAUCAAUUCGGACAGCCCAACAUUAGCAUCACAUGUGCCACUGUCAGCUCUAAUUGCAUCUCAAGUACAAGUUUCAUAUAGCAUUUCUUCCGCUUCUGCUCAAGUGGUGCCUGCUCUGCACUCCCUAUUCCUAAGCCUUCUAUUCCCCUUGUCAUCAGCAUUGAGAUACUGCAUAUAACUGCUUGGGAAAUAUGCAUGAGUAUUGUGGCAUUUGUAUUGUGAAGGACAUAUGGAGUUGUUGAUCACUGAACCAGAAAACAAAAAAUGUGGAAGAUUUGGUGAACUUACAUUUUUCAAUGAAGGACUAAAAGUAUCUGAAUAAU